UCCGACCGAGGCUCCCCUCUUAACCACUCGGGUAGUUCCGCUUCCGGCAGCACCAGAUAAGUCGCGAGAGGAAGCUCAAAUCUUGACGCUUGCGUUUAGGGCCACUUCGGUUCAUGAUGGUUCGUAAUGGAAAAAAUGGUGACCUUCAUCUUAAACAGAUUGCAUAUUACAAACGAACUGGUGAAUAUCAUCCAUCUACACUGCCGAGUGAGAGAAGUGGCAUAAGAAGAGCAGCAAAAAAAUUUCUCUUCAAAGAAAAAAAGCUGUUUUAUGUUGGAAAAGACAGAAAACAAAAUCGUUUGGUAAUUGUUUCAGAAGAAGAAAAAAAGAAAGUCCUAAGAGAAUGCCAUGAAAAUGAUACUGGAGCCCAUCAUGGCAUAUCCAGAACCCUUACUCUAGUGGAAUCCAGUUACUAUUGGACUUCUGUGACCAAUGAUGUCAAACAGUGGGUGUAUGCUUGUCAGCAUUGCCAAGUGGCAAAAAAUACAGUUAUUCUAGCACCUAAACAGCACCAUCUCAAGGUGGAGAGUCCAUGGAGUAUAGUUACUGUUGAUCUGAUGGGCCCAUAUCAUACAAGCAACAGAAGUCAUGUAUAUGCUAUAAUCAUGACAGAUUUGUUCACAAAGUGGGUUGUGAUUUUGCCUCUGUGUGAUGUUUCAGCAUCAGAAAUUUCUAAAGCUAUUAUCAAUAUAUUUUUCUUAUAUGGACCUCCUCAGAAAAUAAUAAUGGACCAAAGAGAUGAGUUCAUUCAUCAGAUCAAUGUUGAACUGUAUGAAUUGUUUGGCACAAAGCAGAUUGUAAUUUCUCAUGCCUCCCAAACUGUUACUCCGACUGAAAGUACACCUAGCACGAUCAGAACGUUUCUUUCCAAGCAUUGUGCUGAUUACCCGAACAACUGGGAUGAUCACCUGUCAGCUGUUUCAUUUGCCUUCAACGCUACUCACUUGGAGCCUACUAAAAAUACACCAUAUUUUCAAAUGUUUAAUCGAAAUCCUUACAUGCCUGAGACUUCAGAUAUUCUUCGUGAAGUGGAUGGUGAUAGUACAAGUAUGUUUGCCAAAAUUCUAGGUGCAGUUAAAGAAGCUGAUAAAAUAAUGGCGAAUAAGACAACUUCAGCAGGACAGAUGGAGAACAACAAUUUCAAAGAACUAAAUAAAAACAAAGUCAUUGUUAAAAAGAAACCAAAGCAAUUAAAUCCAUUUCAUCUAAAAGUGGGUCAUGAAGUUUUAAGACAAAGGAAAAAUUGGUGGAAGGAUGGUCGUUUCCAGUCUGAAUGGGUUGGUCCUUGUGUCAUAGACUACAUUACAGAGAAUGGAUGUGCUGUUCUGAGAGACAACACUGGGACCCGACUUAAAAGACCUAUCAAAAUGUCCCACCUCAAGCCCUAUGUAAGAGAGUCCAGUGAGCAAGACAGUCUUUAUCUCUUACAAGGUUCAGUAGUGGCAGAUCAUGACUACAUUGGAUUGCCUGAAAUUCCAGUUGGAGCAUACCAAGCAAAUAUUCUGGUAGAAGAUGCAACUAUUGGAGUAGUCGAUAAUGAACUACUGACAUCAAGCAAGGAUCGUGAACUGUUAGAAUACAGAAAUGCCAAAAUCUCUCCAUUGAUAGGCGAUCAUAGUACUCUUGAAAAGCAGACUUUUAGUCUAUUGGACUCUUCAAACCAAGUCCUUGAGUACUUAAGUUAGUAAAUGCCAACAUUUAUUUUAAGUGCUUGUUUAGAAAGUAUAUCUCCUUGAAUCUUGGUAUCUUUUCCAUUCAAAAAUGUUACAUAGAAAAAGUGUCUUGACACUCUCAAUGACUAAAUUCAGAAGAUUUAUUUUAUAACUAUUUAUUUAUCUAAAGUUGUACCUCAUUUGAAUGUCAGUGCAUAUAUAUAUAAAGGUGAAGGAAGCAUAUAAUAUAUAGAAUUCACUUUUUCUUCUAAAAAAAGGAACAGGCAAAGCAUGCUUGCUUUUUAGGAAGUAAACUAAAUUCUAGCUCAGAACACUCAAAUAUUUGUCUGGUAUUGGUACGAUGUCUUUAGUUUUAAUUUUUUUUGGAAUGUUCUCCCCUUUUAAAAAAAUAAGUUUGAACUACCUAGAAUGGGAUUAAUAAAUAUUUAUUCAACCAUAA